AAACAGGCUCAUUGGCAAUCCCCUAUUCAUCUCUGGUAUCACAUGGUGAAAAUCGAGUAUGGUUAGAUUAAUCGAUUUAGGUAUUCGAUAGUACUCUAGUUUUCGCGGGAAAACCAGCUUGGGUAGUUGUAUAUGUAUGAAGAAGCGUGAACGUAGUUAUCAAGAAUUCUGAAUUAUUGUCAACAUGUCGAGUCCUAUGAAACACCCGCGAACACCGUUACAUCCAGAUGACACGGAUUCAAGAACUGGGACUCCAAGACGCCAUCCGAAAACACCAAAUUCAAAAGGUACUUCAUCAGCCAAGGGUACACCCAGAAGAAAUGUAACUCCCAGUAAGACAGGCACUCCACAAAGAGGAGCUAGUAGUUCAACGAUUGAUACUCCAUUACGAUGGGGCAGUUUACGGUCUCAGCAGACCAUUGCUGCUUCUUCAGAUGGUCCAGCUUCAAUUCCUGCAUCAUCUCCGAACCAUAUACUUCAGACAAGUCCAAUUGCUGCAGGGAUAAGUGAAAUAGAUCUUUCCUCACCUUUGAAUUAUGGUACUCCUAGUUCUUUAGGGUCCAUACGUUCUCCUCGCAGUGGGAUUCGUGGUACUCCCAUAAGACAAAGACCAGACAUCAGAACAGAUAAACGUAUAAGACAAGUGAAUCUAGCAGAUCCAAUUCCUGAGGAGAUACAGACUCCAACUCACUCAGAGAGUGAGAAUGGAGGACUGCAACUUGUCAUUUGGGGAACGAACGUUGUUGUGAACCGCUGUAAAGAACAGUUCAAACGUUUUAUACAACGUUUUAUCGAUCCUGAUGCUGAAAAUGAUGAAUUACCAGAAAAUUUAAAUUUAUCUGAACCCUUAUACUUACAAAAGUUGGAUGAAAUUCAUACUCUAGAAGAACCAUAUUUAAAUAUAAACUGUGCCCACUUAGAAGCGUUUGAUGAACAAUUAUAUAGACAACUGGUUUGCUAUCCUCAAGAAGUUAUUCCCACAAUGGAUAUGGCUGCCAAUGAAAUGUUCUUUGGGAAGUACCCUGCAGCUGUUUUAGAACACCAAAUACAAGUGCGCCCAUUUAACGUUGCCAAAACAAAGAACAUGCGUCAAUUGAAUCCCGAGGAUAUCGAUCAGCUUAUCACUAUGUCAGGAAUGGUAAUUAGGACAUCCAAUGUAAUACCAGAAAUGCGUGAAGCCUUCUUCAAGUGUAUCGUAUGCUCUUAUAGCACAAUGGUGGAGAUUGAUAGAGGCCGUAUUGCAGAACCUACUGUUUGUACGAAUUGCAAUAACACCUACUGCUUCUCAUUGGUGCAUAACCGUAGUCACUUCUCAGACAAGCAGGUGGUUAAGCUUCAGGAAUCACCCGACGAUAUGCCUGCUGGUCAGGCACCUCAUACGAUUGUUCUCAUUGCUCAUAACGAUCACGUCGAUGCACUUUCGCCGGGUGACAGAGUCGCAGUUACAGGAAUAUUCCGUGCACUUCCUUUACCAGUUAAUCCAAGGCAAAGCAAUAUUCGUGCUGUUUAUAAGACACAUAUCGACGUGGUCCAUUUCAGGAAGCAGGAUUCCAAGAGGCUGUAUGAGGUACAAGAGGGUAAGGAUCACGCAUUUCCACCAGACAGAGUUGAAUUGCUGAAGCUGCUGUCCCAGAAAGAGGAUGUCUACGAGCGUCUAGCACGUAAUAUUGCUCCAAGUAUAUAUGAUAAUGAAGACAUUAAGAAGGGAAUAUUACUUCAACUUUUUGGUGGUACCAAGAAGACUCACACUUCUGCAGGGAGGAUGCAUUUCCGUGCGGAAAUAAAUAUUCUCCUUUGUGGUGAUCCUGGUACUAGUAAAUCUCAGCUUCUACAAUUUGUCUACAAUCUGGUACCUCGUUCCCAAUACUCCAGCGGGAAGGGUUCCAGUGCUGUAGGCCUUACCGCUUAUGUUACCAAGGAUCCGGAGACUCGUCAACUGGUUCUACAGACUGGUGCACUCGUCUUGGCGGAUAAUGGAAUAUGCUGUAUUGAUGAAUUUGAUAAGAUGAAUGAUAGUACGCGUUCCGUCUUACACGAGGUUAUGGAACAACAGACACUCAGCAUCACCAAAGCUGGUAUCAUUUGUCAACUGAAUGCCAGGACUAGCAUAUUAGCAGCCGCUAACCCUUGCGAGUCCCAAUGGAACAAGAAUAAAACGGUUAUUGAGAACGUCAUGCUGCCCCACACGUUGAUAUCCCGGUUUGACCUUGUGUUCCUGAUGGUGGAUCCUCAGAAUGAAUUAUUUGACAGAAGAUUAGCUCGUCAUAUGGUAACUUUAUACUAUGGAACACCUCCUGAGGAUGAGGAUGAUCUGGUGGAUAUGAGUAUCCUCCGUGAUUACAUCGUCUAUGCUAAAGAACACGUACAUCCAACUCUUAGUGAGGAAGCUCAACAACGGUUUGUUCAAGCAUAUGUAGACAUGCGUAGAGUGGGAAGUACACGUGGACAAAUCACAGCGUAUCCUAGACAACUAGAGUCUCUUAUCCGAUUGGCAGAAGCUCAUGCAAAGGUGCGAUUCAGUAAUACCGUCGAGAUAGAGGAUGUAGAGGAAGCAUGGAGGCUACAUCGUGAGGCAUUGAAACAAUCAGCUACUGAUCCUAUGACUGGAAAAAUUGAUGUUAGCAUCCUUACCACUGGCAUGACAGCAGCUGCUAGAAAUCGAAGAGUCCAGUUCACAGCUUUCCUUAAACAAUUUAUAAAAUCAAAAGGCAAAUCUACAUUGAGUUAUCAGAAAAUUUUCAAUGAAGUAAAGGAAAAAUCACAAGUGUUAAUUACACGAGAUAUAUUUGAGGACUCGUUGAAAGAGUUACAGGAUGAAGGUGUUAUAGUAGUCGGCAUGAACAACAUCCGGGUGCACUAAGUGUUGAUUCAAGUGAUUAUCUGUGUCAAUGAACUAAGCUUAAAUCCUGAAAGGGAACAUUAAAUACUUCUGCCAGUAAUUUCCUUCAAAAGUCUAAAAUAAUGGACUCAUGAUGAUUGAAGAGAACUUUAAAUUUUUAUUAAAUGAGAAAAUGUAAACUGCAACAGGUUAUCACCAUUGGUAACACUUAUAUCAGUCGAAGGGACGUGUGUAUUUCCAAACUUACUUUUAAUAUUUUGUUGUUGGAAAACAGCUUGAAAUUAUAGUCUAAGCAAAUAUCUAGGAAAGAGACAGCAUCCUUAACUGAUAUAUAUUUUUAAGGCUGAUAUAUGUACACAUAUUCGGAGCGUUAUAGUCAGAAGCCUGGAAAAGGAAAAGAAAGCUUUACAAUCAUUUUCCUUGCGCGCUUUAAGUACUAUAAUUCAUCCAAUUAUUGGUUCAGCCACUAUCCUUUUAUAACACGAAAGAUGGGUCAUCUGUGUUUAAAUCUACUAAAUUUUCUAAUUGGAAGAAAAGUAUACAAAAAUGAAGCAAACGUAAUAGCGUCCUCCACGAGGAUCUCAAGACCAGAUUUUUGUGAAUUUUAAAUUUAAAUAACCCGACUUGUUUUAAAGUAUAAGAAAGAUGGCUAAAUCAAUAAUGUAUCAAAUAAUUGAAAACAAAAGGAAAAAAUGGUUGUGAAGGGUACUCGCUUUUGACAUCAUCAUUCCGUAUACGUGUGCACCCACAGAUCUAGCCUAUAGCAUCCUUAAGUUCAGAAAAAACGGAACAACGUUUUAAGGGAUGACCGUCAAACUUUACUUGUUAUCAUUAUCUAAUCUACAAGAAUUUGUUUUCUAAUAAAAGUUUCGGUACUCUAAAA